UCAUGUAAGGUGAUUUGUGACUGUCACAUUGGUGACAAUCAAAUGUGAUCAAAAGAAUUUAUUCGUCUGUGUAAUGUGAUCACCAAAAUAUUUCUUAAAUUUGGUAUCACUUUAGAAGAAAAACUUUGACAUUUGAUUUUUUUUUUAAAUUUGCCGGCAAAUUGGUUUGUGUUUUGUUCGUCUAGACUAGACGUUGUGUGUUCUUAAAGUGGAAUUACUUUCAAAAAAAUGUUUCCCAACAAAGCUCAAAUCCAAUUUCUUACUAAUUAUAUGGAACAAUAUCCCGAUUUGGCCAAAUCCUUUUCGGCAAACACAAUAAAUUCAAGAGAUUCACAGAGAAUCCAGUGGGAGAAGCUCACUCGAAUGUUAAACGAGAAUGGGCCUCCUACAAAAUCAACUGCAGAGUGGAAAAGGAUUUGGACCAUUCGAAAAUAUAAUGCAAAAAAAAAAUUGAUUGCAAAUAAGAAAUCAAUAGCACAAACAGGAGGAGGACCUUUUACAGAAAAAGCUUUGGACAGUGUCGACGAGGUGAUAAUCCAAGCAUGUGGUAUUGAAGCAGCAGUGGAGGGAACAUUUGGAGUAUCCAGUUUCGGAUGCAAUGAACAUGAGUUAGAUAAUGCUUUAAAGGAACUCCUUUCCGAGCCAGUGGAUGUGGCAUUGGAACCACAACCCACGCCGACUCCAGCGUCUAGUUCCAAACGCAACAAGCCACCAACAAAAGUCGAGGAGAAUACGCUGCUAGCCGAAAAGCAAUUGGAACUCCAGCAAAAAUUUAUUGAUUUGCAAAUAAAAAAGCUGGAUGACAUCGACAAAACUUUGCAAACGGUCAACAAUUCAAUAAUUGAAUUGAAAGAUUGCGUAAAGUUGCUAUGCCAGGAGAAGCAAAAGGAAAGAGAGUGCUCAAAUGCACUGAAAAAAGAAGAACUCCAACUGAAAAGAAUGGAGUUGGAGCUGGCCAAAGCAGUAAAUGAGAUCCGAGUCUUGGAGUUAAACAAGAAAUGAGCCGGCUCAAUUUCAUUAUUUUUAUUUAUUUAUUUACUUUAUUAUUAUUAAUUACGUACCUGCAUAUGUGUUAUAAAUAAAUAUAUAUUUCAUAUAAGCAUAUGUAUGUACAUAUAUAUUUAUUAUAAUAUUCAAAUCCAUGCUGUGAAUUUGUGAUGUUUUUGUUUUAAUGAAGUUUUUUUUUUGUUUUAAUGAAGUUUUUUUUUGUUGAUUUUGUUUAUAUUCUUAUAAUAAAAAAUAUAUGUA